CUAGCACUUCAUAGUCCUGCGUGCAAACAUCUCAAACCAGUUCAGAUGUUGCUGUUUCCUCAAGUUGCAGGUCUAUGGAAAUGCAGGAUCUAACCAGCCCGCAUAGCCGUCUGAGUGGUAGUAGCGAAUCUCCUGGUGGUCCCAAACUCGAUAAUUCUCACAUAAAUAGUAAUUCCAUGACUCCCAAUGGCACCGAAGUUAAAACAGAGCCAAUGAGCAGCAGUGAAAUAGCUUCAACAACAGCAGACGGGUCUUUAGACAAUUUCUCAGGUUCAGUAAUUGGGAGCAGUAGCUUCAGUCCAAGACCAACUCACCAGUUCUCUCCACCACAAAUUUAUCCUUCCAACAGACCAUACCCACAUAUUCUCCCUACCCCUUCCUCACAAACUAUGGCUGCGUAUGGGCAAACACAGUUUACCACAGGAAUGCAACAAGCUACAGCAUAUGCCACGUACCCCCAGCCAGGACAGCCCUAUGGAAUUUCCUCAUAUGGUGCAUUGUGGGCAGGCAUCAAGACUGAAGGUGGAUUGUCACAGUCUCAGUCACCUGGACAGACAGGCUUUCUCAGCUAUGGAACAAGCUUUGGUACCCCUCAACCUGGACAGGCGCCAUACAGCUACCAGAUGCAAGGUAGCAGUUUUACAACAUCAUCAGGAUUAUAUACAGGAAAUAAUUCACUUACAAAUUCUUCUGGGUUUAACAGUUCACAGCAGGACUACCCGUCUUAUCCCAGUUUUGGCCAGGGUCAGUACGCACAGUAUUACAACAGCUCACCGUACCCAGCACAUUAUAUGACCAGCAGCAGCACCAGCCCUACAACGCCGUCCACCAAUGCCACUUACCAGCUUCAAGAACCACCAUCUGGCAUCACCAGCCAAGCAGUUACGGACCCUACAGCAGAGUACAGUACAAUCCACAGCCCGUCAACACCUAUUAAAGACUCAGAAACUGAUCGAUUGCGUCGCGGUUCAGAUGGGAAAUCACGUGGACGGGGCCGAAGAAACAAUAAUCCUUCACCUCCCCCCGAUUCUGAUCUUGAGAGAGUAUUCAUCUGGGACUUGGACGAGACAAUCAUUGUUUUCCAUUCCUUGCUUACUGGGUCCUAUGCCAACAGAUACGGGAGGGAUCCACCCACUUCAGUUUCCCUCGGACUUCGAAUGGAAGAAAUGAUUUUCAACUUGGCCGACACACAUCUAUUUUUUAAUGACUUGGAAGAAUGCGAUCAAGUCCAUAUAGACGAUGUUUCUUCAGAUGAUAAUGGACAAGACCUUAGCACAUAUAACUUUGGAACAGAUGGCUUUCCUGCUGCAGCAACCAGUGCUAAUUUAUGCCUGGCAACUGGUGUACGGGGCGGAGUGGACUGGAUGAGAAAGUUGGCCUUUCGCUACAGACGAGUAAAAGAGAUCUACAACACCUACAAAAAUAAUGUUGGAGGUCUCCUUGGUCCGGCAAAGAGAGAAGCCUGGUUGCAGUUGAGGGCUGAGAUCGAAGCCCUGACAGAUUCUUGGCUGACCUUGGCCCUGAAAGCACUCUCUCUUAUUCACUCCCGGACAAACUGUGUGAAUAUUUUAGUAACAACUACACAGCUCAUCCCAGCAUUGGCCAAAGUCCUGCUAUAUGGGUUAGGAAUUGUAUUUCCAAUAGAAAAUAUUUACAGUGCAACUAAAAUAGGAAAGGAGAGCUGUUUUGAGAGGAUAAUUCAAAGGUUUGGAAGAAAAGUGGUGUAUGUGGUCAUAGGAGAUGGUGUGGAAGAGGAACAAGGAGCAAAAAAGCACGCUAUGCCCUUCUGGAGGAUCUCCAGCCACUCGGACCUCAUGGCCUUACAUCAUGCCUUGGAACUGGAGUACCUGUAACCUCUGCAUGGCACUUUGAAACCACACAACUGCCCUGCAACAAGGGACAAAUCCAACAGGCCCAAGUCUCAUGUCAGCCCUGGACUCCAGAACUGAGCGAUUUCAACAUACGGACAUGCAACUGCUGUUGGUCUUGCCUUCUGUCCUUGUGGCACAGGGAGGGCCAUGUCUGUUUCUUCAGAACAGCUGUUGACUCUAGUACUGUGAAUUCAAUGAAAAUAAGCCAUCAGAAUGUUCUAGCACAGAGGGAUGUGUCUUUGCCAGAUUAACUACAUGGUUCAAACCUGUGAAGAAAGGACCUGGAAAUGCUUCAGUUUUUAGCAUUUUUCAAUGUGAUGUAAACAGCUUCUCCAAUACAGCAAACUUGAUUGCACAACACAGACUGAAAUGUGUUUCUUGAAUAUCAGUGGAGGAAUUUUCUUGUAAAGAAGGUUUACUUUUUGGUGUCUCAUACCCAGGGUAAUCUGUACAUCUCUACUUAUUUAUGAACAGACUUUUUUUUAAAAAAAAAAAAAAAACAGCUUUAUGGAGGUAUAAUUUACAUACCGUACAAUUCACCCAGACUUUUUUGACAUCAAAUAAUUGAAAAAGAUAAUAGCAUAAGAAAUAAGUGAUUGAAGGCCUUUGCCUCCUGAUAUGGCAAGUACUUUGAUUUUAGCACAUUGCAAAGUAGUUUAAAGUAUGUCUAAUUUAAACGUGUAAUAUGUACAUCACUGAGACAAUCAUGUACAGAAAGAAUUUUUGGUGUAAAUUUGUAAUAAUGAUUCUUUUACAUAUUGUUUAGAAAAAUGAUAUCAAGAGGUAGCAAUGCCUUGAGAGCAGAGUGAGGCAUUCUCUGCCCAAACUCAAGUGCAGUGCCUUACUCAAGUGUUGGGUAUAAAUAUGUAGAUAAUGGAUUUUUUUGUUGUUGUUGUUGUUUUUUUAGAUAAUGUUGUCAAGACCAAAAGCAUGGAUGUUAAGUGUCAAUAAGGAUUUUGUUUUCCAAAUUUUUUUUCCUUCAGUUCUUCAAUCUGAAAUCUUAAAAUACAUUUAGGAGGGCCCUGAUUUAAAAAACAAACAAACAAACAAAACAACAUCAAAACAAACCCAGAGCAGUUUCUUAAGUAAUUUAACAAUUCUCUUACCACCUUUUACAUUGCAAGACUAAUGUAUUAUAUGUAACUACUUGAAAAAAAAAAAGAUUAUUCAAAUGUUUCUUCCCA